GGCGACCUGUGGCUUCGACUGCUGGUUGUUCCUAAUCUGAAGAGCUGGGCGAUUGCCGUGUGCGCCGGCAGAUGUGUUCAACUACCCAGCAUGCCUUCAGAGCCGGCAGCAGUGGCAGCAGUGUCGAUCAUCACUCCUCUGUACAACGGAGAACGCUGGAUCGACCAGUGCUUCGACUCUGUGCUCGCGCAAAAUUUCGGCGAGACCUUGGAACUUUCCGUCUACGACGACUCCAGCACCGAUGGAAGUCUGCGACUUUUGCAAUCCUGGAAACCGAAGCUGGAAGCACGCGGAAUUCGAGUGUGCAUUUCCUCGGGUGCCUCGUCGGACCCACCGAAAGGAGUGGGGUUUGCCAAGAAUCGAGCUGUUCGCCAAAGCUGUGGAAACUACCUCUGCUUUCUGGACAUUGACGACAUCAUGCACCCAGAUCGAAUUCAAAAGCAGUACGAGGCUGCCACUAGGAGCCCGCCAAAUGCGAUAGUAGGGUCCAGGUUUCAUCGGCUUCCGGAAGGCUCCACAGAACGAUACAGCUCCUGGGCAAACCUCCUGGGCCACGAGAAGCUCGAAGUGCAGGUCUUUACGUCGCAUGGACCGACUGUCAUAAUGCCUACCUGGUUUUGCAGCAGGCAGGUAUUUGAGGCUGUUGGUGGCUUCGACGAACGUGGCAAGGGAAUUCCAGAGGACUUGAUCUUCUUCUACCGGCACCUCGACCUCGGUGGACGGGUGGUUCGAGUGGACUGCGACCUCCUCACCUACCGCUACCACCCGCAGCAAACCACCUUCUCCAUCUCGGAGUCCACCAUUUGGGAUGUGCGGAUGGAGCGACUCCGUCGGACCGUCUUGGUCCACUGGACCAGCUUCACCAUCUGGAAUGCUGGCAAGCAGGGCCGAAGAUUCUACCGCAGCCUGGAUCCAGAGAACCGCAGAAAGGUGUUGGCAUUCUGCGACGUGGACGAAAAGAAGAUAGCCAAGGGAGUGUACAUCUACGAAGAGUCAAAGGAAGUACCCAGGCCCAGGGUUCCAAUCGUCCACUUCACCGCUGCAAGCACGCCGCUCGUCGUAUGCAUGAAAAUGGACCUGACGGAUGGUUCCUUCGAAGCCAACCUGGCCUCCCUCAACCUGAAAGAGGGCGUGGACUACAUCCAUUUUGCCUGAAAUCUCGCGUAAAUAUUUGAUAAUUGAUGGACAUUUUCCCAAGUAAAGCCGCCUAAAAGCUUCUCAAGCCGGACAGAACUGUUACCCACAAACAAGCUGCAAGACCCUGUUACAGACGGCAUAGACCAGGGGUGGCCAGGCUGACCCGACCUAAGAGCCACAAACAAAACCACAGUUUCAAGGUUUCAAAGGAAAAGGUUUUUUUCUACCUUGGGGGAAACUUGCGAGUGCAUCCGUUCCGAAAGAUCUCCCGUUUGCAUUCUCCAGAUGCAUUCAAUAUCCCUCGGCUAACAAACUACUGCUGCACACACUAUCGCUUCCAAAACUUCUUUAUUGCUGUCCUGUCCGUCGUGGUCAACAAAAAUAAAACAAUGGAACUGUGAUCGAUUGAUA